UUCGCUUUUCCUGUCCUCCUCAGGAAGUCUUCGACCCCAAAGCCGGGUGUCUGUCUUUUGGAAGAGUUCGCGAGGCAGUUGCAGCAGACCGAGAGUUUUCGACAUCUCGAAGAGUCAAGCUCACUCGCCUUCUGCGUGACUGAAACACGGUGAACCUCGCGAACGGCGCUUUGACGCUUCUCCAAGUUCGUUGAAGAGACAUCUGCCGUCGUACAGUGUCUCGCAGUCGUUCGUGACCUCUUCUUCCCUUUCUCCCUACUCUCUCUGUUCUUCCUGUCUUUCUUCUUUUCCUUCUUUUCUCCUCUCUCUUCUCCCUCUGUUCUUCCUGUCUUUCUUCUUUUCCUUCUUUUCUUCUCUCUCUUCUCCCUCUGUUCUUCCUGUCUUUCUUCUUUUCCUCCCAACGCUCCGAUCAUGCAGCGCCUCUCGACUCUGAGGGCCGCAGAGUUGCCUGUGCGUUGGAAACUCUCGGUGUCUCCUCCUGUCUCCUCUGCAGGUGUCAGGAACGGCUGCGAGGCGCCCCGAUGCAGCGCAGCCAGAAGACGUACGUCUCUGUCUCCGUCUGUUUCGAAGCAGCGACUCUCCCUGCUCGGCAAAACGCCCGCCUCCCAUUUAGACCUUCCUCAGUCACGUCUCGCGUUUUCGCGAUGGUCGCCUUCUCCGACCAGCACAACUUCCUUCUCUUCUCCCGCUUCUUCUUGCUCUUCUUCUUGCUCUUAUUCUUGCUCUUCUUCUUGCUCUUCUUCUUGCUCUUCUUCUUCUCCUUCUUGCUCUGCUUCUCUUCGUUCUGCUCCUUGGUGCCAUCCGCUCCCUUGGUCCUCUUCUCCAGGUACUGUCUCGCGUUCGCCUCUCCUCCGUCCUUCGCGCGAGCUCUGCUCCGCCUCGACAGCUACUCGACUUCUCUGUGUCUCGGAUUCCUCGUGUGUUGCGACGAACGGCGCCUGUUCUUCUCUCUCUGUCGUCACUUUUUCUCCUCCAUCCUGUCGCUCGCAGCUCUUCUUCGCUUCUUCCCUCUCUUCGUCUCCCUCUUCUUCGUCUCCGUCUUCUUCAUCUUCCUCUUCUUCGUCUUCCUCUUGUUCGUCUCCCUCUUCUUCGUCUCCGUCUUCUUCAUCUUCCUCUUCUUCGUCUUCCUCUUGUUCGUCUCCCUCUUCUUCGUCUCCCUCUUCUUCGUCUCCCUCUUCUUCGUCUUCCUCUUCGUCUUCUUCUCUUUUUCCGCCGACGCCAUCUCCGCGUCUGCGGCAGAUUCAGGCACUCGUGAAGGAGCAGAAUUUCGAGACGUUUCGUUACAAGCAAAUUCUGGAGCAGAUGUAUCGCCCUGCGCUUCGACAGGGGAAAGCGUCUUCUUCUCUGGACGCAUCGCUCGCGGAUGCUUGUUCUCUCUCGCGCAUGCAGAGUGUAGGACGGCCGCUCCUCAAGGCGCUGUCCGACCUCUGUGGGCGCAUGUACGCCGGCAACCGCGCGAAACAGGCUCCAGGAGAAAAGCGAGAGACGCAUGCAUCAGAAGAAGGCGAAUCAGCGGCGGGAGGAGAUGCGGGAGGGAGACGGCGCGGAGGAAACGAAGCGAGAAACUGGACGCCUCGGGAAAGCUUUCUGAGUCUCGAGUCGCUUCAGGAAUCCACUGACAAGAAUGCAAGGAAGAUCUUGUUUCGAUGCAGACAGGACGACGCGCGAGUAGAAGCAGUCGCCCUUGCCUUUCCUCGCCAUGUCUCUCUCUGUAUCUCAUCUCAGGCAGGUUGUGCGUUCAACUGCAGCUUCUGCUCCGUUGGAAAAUCGGGAUUUCUGCGCCAGCUCUCUGCAGACGAGAUCACCGACCAAGUGCUCUUCUUUCUUCGUCAGGGAAUCAAAAUCGACUCCGUUUCGUUCAUGGGAAUGGGAGAGCCGCUGGCGAAUCCGAAGAUGUUCGACGCAAUCCGCAUUCUCACAGAUCCCCUGCUGUUCAACUUUAGCGCGCGCAAGCUGGCUGUCUCUACACUCGGUGUGCUUCCGGGCAUCAAGAAGCUCACUGAGGAGCAUCCGCAGGUGAACCUCGCGUUUUCGCUUCACUCCCCCUUCCCCGAGGAGCGCAACAUCCUCGUUCCUGCAAAUCGCAUGUUCCCUAUGGAAGAAGUUUUCGACCUUCUCGACGAACGCCUCGCCAAGACCGGCCGCCGCAUUUGGAUUUCGUACAUCCUCAUCAAGGGACGCAACAACACAGAAGAGCAUGCAAAGGCUCUUGCGGCGCUGCUACGCGAGAGACGCAGACCGACGCGUCACCUCUAUCACGUUAAUGUCAUUCCUUACAACACAGCUCAGGGCGUGGAAUCCAGCAUGCAACCGCCUUCCGCCGCUGAAGUAAAUCAUUUUACGGAUCUGUUGCGGAAGCUCCAUUUGUCGGUUUCUCGCAGGCACACCAUCGGAUCGGCGAUCGACGCUGCUUGUGGGCAGAUGCAUGCAGAGUAUGAAGUUGGACAGUUAACAAAGCAGCGAAAGGCGCAGCAAGCCGACCGCAAAAAAGAGAUUCUGGAACGAGGAACCUGAUGGAUGGGCGACAGUCUUCGUGGAGUGUUCGAGAGAUGCGAACCUCGCAGAGUGGGCAGAAAAAAACUUCUCUUCGCCUCUCUCGAGGUGAUGCUUCUGCUCUCUCUCUGUCCUGCGGCGUGAUACAGAAAAAUACUGAGAACUGCGUUGUCAAAAAAUUCUUUUAAAUCUUCUCCUGAAGGCGUUCGUCUAGUAUAUGUGGGCAUACGUAUGAUGAGGG